UAAAGGCAAAUUAAUUUUAUUGGUUUUUAGUUCUUUAUAUUCCUUUAAUAUGUACAUUAUGCUUAAUAAGCUGUUAAUUGUCUUCUGUUAGUGUGACCAAAGUUUUGAGCGUCAAGCAGUUUACAACAAGCAGUGUUCGCGCUAAAUCGUCUUGAAAUUUAAUAAAAUGCGACGGAGCUUAGCGCCCAGCCAACGGUUAAGCCAGAGCUCAGCAUCACGGCACUCCUUCACCCCGCCACUGCUGAAGAAAAACAAACGAGCUUGCCAGCAGGAACUGGAGCGCGAGCAAGAGCUGGACAGGAAGCGUCAGAGCUGUGCUCUCCGCGAUGCCAGCAAUACGAUGGAUAUACCACUGCCCAUCCGCUUCACAGCUAACAGCGAGUAUGAGCGGGCUAUUGCCAAAGUCUUGGCCCGCCAGUUCAAGGUGCCGAUAGACAAUUACGUACCGGAUUACGGGGGCAAUCGCUGUCUCGGCGUACGUCGGUGCAUCGUCCGGCGACCCCUACAUGAUCCGAUGGCCUGCAACGCCCUUGUGCUUUACCAGCCACCGGCCUACACGGAGCACGAGCGCAUGGCAAUGGAUCCCAGCAAGGUGCUCGUGCACGUGGUGGUGGAUCCGUUGCUGACCAAUAUUCUGCGGCCGCAUCAGCGCGAGGGCGUACGGUUUAUGUAUGAGUGCGUGGAAGGCAGACGUGGAAACUUCAAUGGCUGCAUCAUGGCCGACGAGAUGGGCCUGGGAAAGACGUUGCAGUGCGUCACACUGGUGUGGACGCUGCUGCGGCAGAGUGCCGAAUGCAAACCAACAAUUAACAAGGCCAUCAUCGUGUCACCGUCGUCCCUGGUAAAGAAUUGGGAAAAGGAGUUCACCAAGUGGUUGCACGGCAGACUCCUCUGCCUGGCCAUGGAGGGGGGAACCAAGGAGAACACCAUUCGCGCUCUCGAGCAGUUCUCGAUGAACGCCUCCACGCGUAUGGGUACGCCCGUUCUGCUCAUAAGCUACGAAACGUUCCGCAUCUAUGCAGAUAUCCUCUGCAAGUACGAGGUGGGCAUGGUGAUAUGCGACGAGGGACACCGUCUGAAGAACAGCGAUAACCUUACGUACCAGGCUCUAAUGGGCCUGAAGACCAAGCGGCGCGUCCUACUCUCUGGCACUCCCAUCCAGAACGAUCUCACGGAGUACUUCAGCCUGGUGAACUUUGUCAAUCCCGAGAUGCUGGGCACGGCGGCCGACUUUAAGCGCAACUUCGAGAACAGCAUUCUGCGGGGACAGAACGCCGAUUCAACGGACGGGGAACGGCAGCGAGCAAUCGAGAAGACGCAGGAGCUGAUCGGACUGGUCGAUCAGUGCAUCAUCCGACGUACCAAUCAGAUUCUAACCAAAUACCUGCCAGUCAAGUUCGAGAUGGUCAUCUGUGCCAAGCUGACUCCAAUUCAGCUGGAACUCUAUACGAAUUUCUUAAAAUCGGAUCAAGUGCGUCGAAGCCUGGCGGAUUGCAACGAGAAGGCUUCGCUCACUGCCCUGGCUGACAUCACAACUCUCAAAAAAUUAUGCAGUCAUCCGGAUCUUAUAUAUGAAAAGAUCGCUGCACGGGAGAAAGGUUUCGAGAACUCGCAAGAUGUGCUGCCGAGCAACUACAAGCCAAAAGAUCUCAACCCGGAACUGAGUGGCAAGUUCAUGCUGCUUGAUUUCAUGCUAGCUGCUAUUCGAGCCGAUGGCAAUGAUAAAGUCGUCCUUAUCUCCAACUACACACAGACCCUCGAUUUGUUCGAGCAGCUGGCAAGAAAGCGGAAGUACGGUUUCGUUCGACUCGAUGGCACCAUGUCCAUCAAAAAGCGCUCGAAGGUUGUGGACAGGUUCAAUGACCCAGAAUCGGACAGUUUUCUAUUCAUGCUGAGUAGUAAAGCUGGCGGCUGCGGACUGAAUUUAAUCGGAGCCAAUCGACUUUUUAUGUUCGAUCCGGAUUGGAAUCCUGCCAACGAUGAACAGGCAAUGGCCAGAGUGUGGCGCGACGGUCAGAAGAAGCCCUGUUACAUAUAUCGGCUUGUGGCGAGUGGUUCCAUUGAGGAGAAGAUCCUGCAGCGUCAGACUCACAAAAAAUCUUUGUCCAGUACGAUCAUUGACAACAACGAGUCAGCGGAAAAACAUUUUACACGUGACGAUCUUAAGGACUUGUUCCGCUUUGAUCCACAGGUUCUUUCUGACACGCACGAAAAGCUCAAGUGUAAGCGCUGUGUGGAGAACAUUCAAACAAAGCCUCCGCCCGAUGACACAGACUGCACAUCGCACUUGUCCCAAUGGUACCAUUGCUCCAACAAUCGCGGACUGCCCGACAGCAUUCUUGCCCAGGCCUGGACGGACAGCAAAUGCGUCUCAUUCGUUUUCCAUCAUCGAUCGCAGGCGCAGGAGAUUCACUCACACGAAACGGAAGAAGAGGAUAAACCGGAGAAACCAAGUAUUCGAAAGCGGCCCUCCACGCCCCUCAGUGAUGACAGUGCCGAUGAGGAUUUUAUUGGAUUCUAGCAAUUGU